GUUGUAAAUUCGACAUGAAAAUUAAAAAUAAGAUAAACCAUGAUAAAACCACAAGUUCAGUUGCGAGAGGUUUGCUUGUCAGCAAACAUCGCUAGUAGCCAGUCCAUCAAUAAAACAGUCUGCUUGCGUUAUACACCCGGCGGGUUUUUGUUCGUUUUAUUAUCUAAUAGUUGUAGUGGCCGAUGAAAAAUAUAGUGCAAUUUACAGAAAUUCAUUGACAAAGAACAAGCUACAAAAUUACAAAAGGAAAAACGAAAAACAAAAACAAUAUAUGUAAAAUGAAUUAAUGUACAAUAAUCACAAAUCUUAAAAAAGUAAUGUGACUCAGACUGAAUUGUGUGUUGAGGUAAUCAAGUGUGUAAAUCAAAACGUACUUCAAGGCAAACACCGGCUAAAAUCGAAUUUAUAUUGUGUAUUAGAUCCGAACACUCUGCAAAACUAAUUUUGAGACCAACACUCGCAGAGAGUUUCGAAGGACUGAACAAACGCGUUAUGUACGACUCUAUGUUUUACUACCUCUCGAAUAUGCCACGCUGGCAUGUAGUGGCAUUUGCGUUCGGUGCUUACGUUGUCUACUACUUUAUAGAGGUAGUUAAGCGUCCGAUACUUGCCUGCACGGAUGGUGCAUUCAAAGAGUUUCUUCAGCAAAACAUUCCAACACUAGAAAUGAAAUUUUGGCCCACAUUCUGGUGUGUGGAGAGUAGAGCACAAACGAUUUUUGCGAGCUUACUACGAUCGCAAAUUAUACCCAACAUAAAUUAUAGAAGAGAAAUUUUCCCACUAAAAGAUGGUGGUGAAGUCGCUUUGGAUUGGUUGGAUAGAGGUUGUCAUGCUAAUGCGCCCUGCAUUAUUAUCCUACCGGGUCUGACAGGAGAAUCCCAAGCAGAAUACAUCAAAUGCCUUGUCAUGGCGGCCAAUGGUGCAGGCAUGCGUGUAGUCGUAUUCAACAACCGUGGCUUAGGUGGCAUUGAACUCAAAACCCCGCGUCUUUAUUGCGCCUCUAAUUGUGAAGACCUCUCGGAAAUUGUACAUCAUGUGCGCAAAAUUAUUCCCGCGCAUUGUAAGUUAGGCGCUACUGGAAUUUCAAUGGGUGGCUUGAUUUUAGGCAAUUACCUGGUACGUAAAAGUGAGGAGGCGCACUCUUGUUUAACGGCUGCAAAAAUCAUUUCGGCUCCUUGGGAUGUUCAUAAAGGAACUAUUAGUAUAGAGAAGCCUAUAUUAAAUAGUUUAUUGGGUCGUCACUUGACCUAUAGCCUUUGUCGCACUCUCGACAACUGUAAGAUUUACAAGGAUCAGGAUAUUGAUUUGGAUCGUAUAAUGUCGUCUAAAACAAUAAAGGAAUUUGACGCACACUUCACCUCUAAACAGUUUGGCUAUGCGCAUGUUGACGAUUAUUAUAGCGACGCAACGUUACACAACAAACUACAUUACAUAUCGGUGCCUUUGUUGUGUCUCAGUGCCGCCGAUGAUCCAUUCCAACCAUUAGACGCCAUUCCUAUCAAAGCCGCCGAAGAGAGUACUCACGUGGCAAUCGUUGUGACCGCACGUGGAGGACAUAUUGGCUUCCUCGAAGGUUGGUGGCCAUCACUAAAAGAACAAUAUAUGGGCCGACUUUUCGCUGAAUUCUUUACGAAAGCACUAUUCGAUGAAGAUGGCCAUUUCGAACGUACCAGCAGUGAGCUGUUUCAACGCUUUAUAGCUAAAAAUAUAUCACCACUAGAAUCAGCAACACCAACCGCAGUUUCGAAAGCUAACACACCGUUAUUAAGCACCGAAGAGUUGUUGGAAAACUUCAGAGAAAUGUAGUUGGAACAUAGGCUGUUCAUCAAAGAGUUUGAUAGUGCCACUUCGGCAAGAACAAAUUUGCGGGAUCAUAGUGUUUGUAGUCCUCGUGAAACUGGCAAGUGAUAUGAAACAUAAGAGUGGAUUUUUCACACUUCAACGAUUAUGUGCAAUAAAAUAAAUGUGAUCAACAAAA